AUGUCGACAACUGGCGCCCAACCUGCAAUUUUUCUAGUCGCCGAUCCUUACAGAGUGGUUUUAUUGCGGCGAUGUGCCGCUCUGCCGACGCUCAUUGGCUCAAACGAAAGCUAUUUCCCCAGAGUGAUCGGGGUCCCUGCCAUCCAUAUCAUAACGCAAUAUGUCCGCAAUCGUAGUAGUGGCAACUACCCUGGUAAUACAUUCUCUACGCUCGAGCCGCUCACUUGCCGUCUCUGUUCAGACAGUUUCGGUAACGUCUUCCGACUUCGCAAAAUCACGAACACAAAUCCAAUCUACGCCCAGCAUCGGUCCAUCAGAACCGCUAUUGCAGACGACAUUUACCCCGCAUCAACUUUGAAUUGCCAUCUUCUUUCUCCCUUUAGGUCUGCGGCUUCAACUUCGUCUUGGCGCAUGGAGAUUGUUUUUCCGCCAUAA